AUGGGUGGAAAAAUUCUCCGCGUGACAAUGUUCAAGAUACCCGGGAAGGAAAACCAACUUAAGCUUGCCGAGAAUUAUAAGAAGCUAUCCACCGAAGCUCUGAAAGACGGCAAACCUUAUAUCCUCUCUCUCCAAGCUGGCCCAACGAUUGAAGACUCGCGAUCGAAUGGGUUUACCUUUGUUGCAAAGACAGAGUUUGCAAGCCUCGAAGAUAUGAAAUACUAUGACGAUGAAGACCAGGUUCAUCUGUCACUCAAGAAAACCGCGUUGCAGAUGAACAUUCAAGAAAUUGUCAUUCUUUAUGCUGAGCCAUUGGUUACUCUCUAG